CGAUGUUGGGCGGUCUUUCAGUGGUGCCUUUUCAAGGCAAGGCGGUAACCAAAUGUCGAUCGUUCUACACUAGCUGUAUAAGGGCGGGAAGACUGACGGAGUAGAAGGUUCGGUUCGCUAUUUGCUACUGUCUAAUCUAGUGCGCUUGCUUACUUUCUUGGAAGUCUACUCUAGUGCGCUGAGCUGCUUCUCCUUCCAAUUCCGCUCGCCCCGGUCCUUGAUCGAAGGUCUGGUAUCCGCACCGACGCGACUACUAAUUCAAAGGCAUGCUCUACCUCGCACCUGACCAGCAAAAUGACGUAUAGUAACGUCAUAGCUGUGACCCGAACCACAGUGCUCAUCAAAGAUGGUAGUGCCUUCUGCAUUGCGCUAAAUGAUAAAGCCUAUUUAUUCCUAUGUCUUUCUUGGUAAAAAACCACCUGCGAUUUCAGAUAAGUCUUUCUGCUUAGAGCAAGAAGCGGAACUAAGGUGACACCUAGAAAAAUGAAGGAAGUCAUUUCUUAUUUUUUUCAUAAGAAUACCGACCUAGCUUCAAUUGCUUCAGUUGGAGCUGCUGUCGGUAUUGGGAUCCUAUUCGUUUUCGCACUCCACAGAUGGAGUGUUCCUUCACUCGCCCAGGAACCCAUUCCCCGUCGCGUCUGGGAAUAUGGCGAAGAGCUCGGCAUUUUUCUUCCAAAUGAGAAUGUCGACUCCUCGAAUGCCAAUCGAUAUCUCGAGGAAAUUGCGCAUGUCCUCGAAUUUCGAUUUUUUGAUCAACAAGCCAUUGAAUCACUUCCAGGGGGGGGGGCACUCCUGGGUGGAGCUUGCGAGGACUGUAAUUUCAAGGACGAUCAGUCCGGAUUUGACCGAUAUCGACAUUCUCGCCUACGCCUAUUGCAUAUUAAUGGAGAAGGGGCAAUCCAAUGAGAUAAUGACAGAAGCCCUGAAAAUCCUGCUGCUAUGGCUGCAAGGGUUAUCCAUUUCAUAGGCGAGGGUGGGGGAGAAGCAAGCCGAACCUCUGAUCGACCCGGACACGUCCAAAAUUCUCGGCGUCGAGAGAAAGACGAGAUUCAGUAAGUAAUUCAGUGAGUGCUUUCUUUUAUAAGAAGAGCGUCGGCUUGGACUUGGAAGAAGAAAAUGAAAUACGAACAACCGCGCUGGUCGUAAUAGAUCGACUUGAAUGCGUCUUCUUGCUCCAGCAUUCAAGUUCCAUUUCAAGGAAGGACGACGUACCAUGAUACUUUCUGUUUUGUCGAGCCCUGCUUUGGUCUCUGGUUUGAUGGUUGUACGUGCUAAAAAUCCGGUACAUUCCGUUUUGUUUCCCAUCCUAGUCUUUUGCGACACUUCUGGUUUACUUAUUUUGUUAGGUCUCGACUUCUCCGCUAUGAUCUUCCCAGUAGUUCAUAUAGGAGCUAUUGCCGUUUCAUUCCUAUUCGUGGUUAUGAUGUUCAAUAUUCAAAUAGCGGAGAUUCACGAAGAAGUAUUGCGCUAUUUACCAGUGAGUGGUAUUAUUGGACUGAUCUUUUGGUGGGAAAUGUUCUUCAUUUUAGAUAAUGAAACCAUUCCAUUACUACCAACCCACAGAAAUACGACCUCUCUGAGAUAUACGGUUUAUGCCGGAAAGGUACGAAGUUGGACUAAUUUGGAAACAUUGGGCAAUUUACUUUAUACCUACUAUUCCGUCUGGUUUUUGGUUUCUAGUCUGAUUUUAUUAGUAGCUAUGAUUGGGGCUAUAGUACUGACUAUGCAUAGGACUACAAAGGUGAAAAGACAGGAUGUAUUCCGACGAAAUGCCUUGGAUUCUAGGAGGACUAUAAUGAGGAGGACGACUAUUCAGAACAGAAGGUGCUUCUCCUCCAAAGCGGAGGGAUCGUCUUCCAAUUCCAAAGAUUCAUUUAAAACCUUUAUUUUCAAAUCUGAUUAUAGGGAUUUCCCUGGUUUGGUUGAUAAUAUCGACGCACUUCUCGAAGUGCUCGAGCCUUGGGAAAUCUUAUUUUUUGUUCACACUUUCCCCAGAGACAUUAUUAUCCUAAGCACCUUGUCACCGCUAGAUAUCAAAAAUCUAAUUGCGGUCGAGGCACCUCUAAUGUAAUCUUUGUCCAGAGGAAGGAGGACUUUCACAGAAAAACAAAAGCUGUAUGCCAAAAAGAGCCAAUGUGAAUUUAGGUUCAAACUAAUUGAGUACCUUGGACAUGUAAUCUCUGAGCAAGGAGUAGCCAAAUAAAAUAGCUUUGAUGAAGAACUGGAAGACACCUAGAACAAUCAGUGAGCUAAGGGGUUUCCUAGGUUUGACUAGGUAUUAUAGGAAAUUAAUCAGUAAAA